AUGGAAGUGCACACCAACCCAGUUUAUCAUAACUACUACGAUAAAGCCCCUCAAAAUGUGAAUCCGACUGUCAAUUACUUCCACCAACGACAUUCGUCCAUCUCCGACCCAGAGCUCACCAAAAUUGCCGAAACUGCCGCUCAUGAUCUCAACCACAACCAAAGAGAAUUCUAUCAAAACGAACCCACAGUACACUACCGAGCCGUCCCAUUACAUCAUACUGCCUCUGAAGAUGGAAGUUCGAUAAGAUAUAGAAACGAAAUUGAAGAGAACACCUAUUAUAACCCGCAUUAUAUGAGCAGAACCCCAUCAUCGGGUUCGUCAAAUGCCCCAUCAAGCAUUGAUCAGCCAAUUCAACCGCAUUACUAUGAAAUUCAACCAACCGGAGGACCAACUUUACUGCCAUUGAACAUGGUCGACCGAGAUUUGCAUUCUCGAAGAGUUUCGGCACUUUUAUCCGCUCAAAACAAAAAAAUCCCAGCACCACAACCACCAAAAGGCGCUCAACGACGGUUCUCGAUGGUCCAGGGAAACCCCAUUCCCACGGGAUUGUUCAGAAAACACAGUGAAGAGUGCCCAACAACCAAAGAACGGUUUACGUUUGGAAAGAAAUCGGCAGCGAAAUUGAUCAAAAAGUCGAAACUAAAUGCCUUCUCGGCUCUCGGAACAGAACUAAGCCAGAGUGCAAGUGCCUUGUACAACUUAUUCACCAGCUCGGACAAAACUGAACAAGCCGAAGCUCAACUGGAGAAAAGAAGACGGGAAUGGAACGAAAAUGCAAAUUUCGAACAGAUAUACAGCAACCCCCUGGAUGUCCCGCCUUCUUCUCCGGUCGCCACAGUAACCCAAGAGCCCCGAUUUUUGGCCGGAUCUCAUCUGAAUGACGCUGGAACAAUUCCUGUUCAUCUGGCAAACCAAAGAAGAUUUGUGAGCACGGCCAGCGGGAUAAAUGAUGGCGGAAACGCUCCAAACUUGAAUGAUAGAGGCUUCAAUGCAAAUAGUCAGGGAGUAUACGGCUCAAUUGCAAGUAAUGGAAGCAUCUACGGAAGUAUCACCGAUUCCAUGCCCAUAUACGGACACAAUAACCAUUACGCCGCCUCUAUUCAUUACGCAGUUUCGUCCAGUUGUCACUACUACAACACCGAUGAUACCGACACUCCCCGCGCUCCGGAUCAGCCUGCAGUUGAGACGCAGGCCGGAAAUGACCCCGUCACCACACCCCGCGGAAACCCCGCAGGCGACCACGAAGACAACACAGAAGAUCCCGCGAAAAAAUCGAACAGCGACGAGGACGAGGAGUCGGACGAAGCGAUCGGUUCGUCGCUGUCCCGUUCCCUUCCGUCCACCUGCUCACCGACUUCGAUUUCCACCGCCGCUGCCUCUGCUGCUCUCCUGCCCCCAUUGCCACCGGGAAAUCAGCGGAAUGAGGCCUUGAAUUCGCUCUCCAAUUCGAAUUCGUUCCCGGAAUUCCUGGCCAAGGAAGCGCUCGAAUACGACGGAUGGUCCGAGUCCUCGAUUGGCGACGAGGAGGAUCGGUCCAGAAGCUCUAUGGUCCGCCAAGCUCAACGACAUUCGGACGUAAUGCAGGCGGUAAAGCAGGCACAUUUGCCACCGAUGAAUAUGGUCCCAGUGAAUAAAACGACCAUUGCCAUGGUCCAGCAAGCGAUGAAUGAGUUUACGGUAAAGAAUCAGGGUCUAAAAGGGCGAAAUAGUGUUGUGAGAAGGUCUCUGGAUAUUAUCCAUGAUCAAAAGAUUAGAGAUUGAAAAAUUUGCGGGAGAACUGAAAAAUUUCCAGUAAAAAUGGCAAAAAUAGAAAAAUUUAGAAUGCAAAAUAGAAGAAUUGAGCUGUUUGAGUAAUCAAAUGUUUUCAGGACCAAACAAAUCAAGUCUCGGACCACACGCAACGAGGAAUCGACUUCUUGGACAAAUAUGGUCAAUUCGUGAAAGAAAGAGCUCAAAUUGAGGACGAGUAUGCACUCAAGUUGAGGUAAAUUUAAUUUAUUCUGGGGUCAAACUGAAAUUUUGUUUAUUUUAGGGUUGUUUUGAAGUUAUUAGACGUUUUUGUCUAAUUUUGCGAUCUUUGUCAUGAAAAAAAUAAAUUUUUGUUUUUACAGGAAUCUCGUCAAGAAAUGUGGAUCAAAGAAGAAGGAGGACGAUGAAUACAAGGCCUUCUCCUACUUUAACACAUUCAACGCCAUCCUCAGAGAGCUGGGAUCACUUGCCGCACAACACGAAACGAUCAGCGAAAAGUUGAGAAAUCAGAUUUGUCCGGCCGUCGCCACAAAGUGCAACGAACUCCGAGCGGGUCGAAAAAGGCAUCUUCAGGAACUACAGAAUCUGAAUAAUCAACUGACAGCACAAGUUGAUCACAUGAACAAGAUGAAAAAAGGAUAUUUGUAAGUUGGGGAUGACAUGGAUAUUAUGAAAAAUUGAAACAUUAGGGUAAAUUGGUGAUUCAAGGAGAUAGUAAUCUAGUUUUGAAGGUAGUUUGGUUUUUGGGAAGGCAGCGUCUUCGAAAGCGAGUAAAAAUACUAUGAUUUUUUCGCAACUUAUGUCUAGUACAAUGUAAUGUCGAAAAAAUCUUCAGAAAGGCCUUCAAAGAAGCCGAAACCGCCUAUAUUAAACAUGACAAGGCCGACAAGAAUAUGGAAAUCUCUCGGGCCGAACUAGAGCGAACGAAGGCGAAUCUGGCUCAGAAAAAUCAUGCCUGUCAUGAUGCACGGUGCAGAUACUACGAAAUCCUCCAGCAAACAAAUCUCGCGCAGAAAGCCCACUACGAACAACAGAUCCCACAACUAUUGGAGAGAAUGCGACAACUGGACAUGGACAGAAUCGCCGCCACCAAAAACGCCAUGAGCCAAACGGUUGAUGUGGAAACGGGAGUCUUGAAGGGUAAGGAGAAGAUUUUUAAUGUUUUUUAUGUGUGAUUGUACGACUUGGAGGUCGUCUUUUGGCCUGAUAAUUAUUGAGAUUGUAUUUUAGUGGUGCAACGAUGCUACGACGACAUGCGCGGCGCCAUCGCCGUCAUUGACCCCGAAAAGGACACCCAUGUUGUGGUGGAGAUCAAGAAGACCGGCUACUCCCAUCCCCCCGACUUUGCCUUCCAAGAUCUCGGCGAUCCGGCCAGAAUCCUCGAGAACAACGGAGAAUCUGUAGCGGACGCCUUUAUGGCCGCAAACGCGACGCUGAAACGAGGACAGGUCUCCAACGGGAAAGCGGUCAGCCGCAAGGGCUCAAUGCAUCACCGAAUCUUUGGCGGAAGCGCCAACUCGAACGGAAAAGGCCCCGCUCACUCGGAAUACGGCAACCUCCCGCCUCAACAACGAUGCCGCAAACUGGAACACAAGAUUGCCGAGCUGAACGCGGACAUUGCGAAACGCGAGCACUCCAAGGCCGGGCUCCAGAAAAUGCUGACCGUCUACACGGACAACCCGAAGCUCGGAAACGCCGCCGAUGUGGAGCAUCAGAUCAACGAAUUCCAAAACGAAAUUAACCACCUCGUCGAUCAGCGGUCCCGCUUCGCCAAACUCCUCCAGGACUCCCAAAACGAACUGAAUCAGCCAUCAAAUGGAUCGAUUGGAUCGUCGUCGCCGCGAGUCCAGAGCCAGACUUCGUUGAAUGGAUCCAAUGGAUUUGUGGGCAAGAGAACGAGCUACAGUGAAGAUAGCAUCUCAUCCGAUGGAUCAGCGGUUAUGGGCAUGCCCAGAAGGAAUGGAGGUCCAAUUGGUAGGUUGGGGGAAAUUUUGGGGUGGGAGAUUAGUGGAAAAAACGCACCAUUUUGCAUCCAGGAAGCAUCAAAAAAUGUGGCGAAAUGCUUCCCUCUUCAAGUGAAAAAACUCCGAUUUCAAGGAGUUUUUUUCGGGUAUUUUGUCUAGCGGCCGUUCUUUUUGUGAGGAUCUGGAUCAGUCCCCCAAUAUACUUGGUAUUAAUUUGGUUUUUUGCAGGAUCUAUCCUCGGAUCGUCGAAUGGAUCCUCGCUGAACGCCUCAAAUGGCCCCACGGCCAUCCAUAAUUUGAGCGGCGCCACCACAACCACCGCCAACUCCUCCCUCGCCAAUAUCCCCCAUAUUGAUUCGGCAGUUGAGAGCAAUUCAAAUGGGUCCGCGCGAACCGCGCCCAGCCUCCCCGAAGCCCAUGUGUACGAGGACACGGACGCUCCGGGCUUAUUGCCAGUCCUCGGAACCUGCAAAGCCCUCUACCCAUUCGAGGGAUCCAGCGGCGACGGCACCACCAUCUCCAUGAAGGCCGACGAUGAAUUGUUUUUGCUGGAAAAGGACGAGGGCGACGGCGACGGAUGGACCCGAGUCAGACACUCCAAGACCCAGAUGGAAGGCUUCGUCCCCACCUCGUAUCUGGAAUGCCAUUGGUAUUAG